GGCUACCCGAAAGAAAUACAAAGGGAGGGACAGGCAUCUCGUCCAUCUCACUACACACCCACACCACACCCACACAAACAUGCGCCCAUUGUCCCCCGUUUCCGUCCGCGACGCCGCCGAGAUCCUCGACGACAGGCGUGUCAAGAACAUCCGCCCGCUCAUCCCCCCCCAGAUCCUUGUCGAGGAGAUCCCCCUCACCCUCCGCGGCGCGCAGACCGUCAUCGAUGGCCGCAAGCAGAUUGAGAACAUCAUCAAGGGCGACGACGACAGGCUACUCGUCAUUGUCGGCCCCUGCUCGGUCCACAAUGUCGAGCAGGCGCUCAUCUACGCCCGCGAGCUCAAGAAGUACGCCGACACGGUCGACGACGACCUCAUGAUCGUCAUGCGCGUCUAUUUUGAGAAGCCCCGUACCACGGUUGGCUGGAAGGGCCUCAUCAACGACCCCGACAUGAACGGCUCGUACCAGAUCAACCGCGGCCUCAAGACGGCCCGCAAGCUGCUUCUCGACAUUGCCGAGAUGGGCCUCCCCACCGCCGGCGAGUUCCUCGACGUCAUCUCGCCCCAGUUCCUUGCCGACCUCUCGUCGUGGGGCGCCAUCGGCGCCCGUACCACCGAGUCCCAGGUGCACCGUGAGCUUACUUCUGCUCUCUCCAUGUCGGUCGGCUUCAAGAACGGUACCGACGGCUCGAUUGACAUUGCCGUCGACGCUAUCAAGGCCGCUGCCGCCGGCCACACCUUCCUCUCGGUCACCAAGCAGGGCCUCACUGCGAUCGUCGAGACGUCGGGCAACCCCUCGACGCACGUCAUCCUCCGCGGCUCGACCAAGGGCCCCAACUUCAGCGCCGAGCACGUCAGCGCCGCCGCCGAGAAGCUCAAGAAGGCCGGCCUCGUCCCCCGCCUCAUGGUCGACUGCUCGCACGGCAACUCGUCAAAGCAGCACAUCAAGCAGCUCGAGGUCGGCAAGGACAUUGCCGAGCAGCUCGCCAACGGCCCCACCGCCCAGCAGCUCCUCGGUGUCAUGAUCGAGUCCAACAUCAACGAGGGAAGGCAGAACAUUCCCCCCGAGGGUCCUUCGGGCCUCCUCUACGGUGUCUCCAUCACCGACGCCUGCAUCUCGCUCGAGCAGACCUUCCCCCUCCUCAACGAGCUGGCUGCCGGUGUCCGCGCCCGCCGCGAAAACGUCAAGGCCAGACUCUCGAGGGCGUAA